AUGAUUACGGCAUAUGCCCAAGGAGGGCAUAUGGAGCAAGCAAAGAGUCUCUUUGAAGAAGCCCCGGAUCUUAAUGAGGUGGCAUGUAUGGCUAUGAUAGACGGCUAUGCAUCUAAUGGCUGCGUGGAAGAGGCUAAAGAUUUGUUUGAGAGACUGCCAAACAAGGACGUGGUGGCUUGGAACUCCAUGAUGUGCGCUUAUGCCUCGAAUGGGCAUUUGGACGAGGCACUAGAUUCCUUCCAAGAGAUGGCUCACCGCAACGAGAUCUCUUGGGCGACAAUGAUCCAUAUGCUCGCAUCUAUAAACCAUCUUGAAAAUCCACAGUUUAUUGUCGAUCGAAUGCCUCACGAGAGCAAGAUGGCGUGCACAGCGCUCCUUGCGGCCUAUCUCUGGAACGUCCACCUCCAAGAAGCGAUGAGCCUCUUCCGGGCACCAAACUCGAGUUUCCAAGAGGAGUCCCUUGUGAGCGAAACCCGGCACCAUUGCCAUCCAGACGAUCGCAUCGCACUCCUUGCUCUCGAGAGAAUGCCAGAGCAAGACUUAGUCUCACACACACAAUGUUAA